GUAAAGCAGUUCCAUCACCGACUGCUCAACAGAUCAACCAUCGCUCGCCCCGAACGACAAUCAUGAAGCUUAUUGUGUUUGCCACUUUGAUUGCCAUCACGUUGGCCGCUUACGAACCUGUCGUUUCCAUUAAGGAUGUUCCUGAAGCUGAACCCGUCGUUGUUCCACAGCCGUACAGUUUCGGAUAUAACGUCAAGGAUGAUGAGACUUUCAACGACUUCUAUCACGCCGAGAACGCUGACGGGAACGUAGUUACAGGCUCUUAUCGUGUUGCUCUUCCCGACGGCCGUACACAGAUCGUCACCUACAAAGCCGAUAAGGACGGAUACACUGCUGAUGUCAGAUUCGAAGGUGAAGCCAAAUAUCCCGAAUUCGUGGAACAAAAAGUUCAAAAGAGUUACUAAGGUGGCAUCGUAUUCUAUCUGGAAUAAUUGGGACUGUCGGUACAUAAUCAAGGGGUAAUAUAUUAUUCAAUACACAUAUUCGUACAGCA